GCAUCUUGAAUUGUUUUGGUAGAAUUUUCCAGACGCUUUAACUUCUUCUCUGUCGGAAUAUCCGCGGGUGUGUUUUCAACUCUGCCUGUCAACACUGUUCAUUUGAGACCAGAGAAAACACCUGGCAAGUAGGCUACAUUCGGCCGAAAGUGACGUCCAAGGAGGAUGGGACUCACACUGGGAUAGCCUACUAGACGGAUAGAACAACCGCCUUCAACAUGUUUAGAGGUUCUGGAGGUGUAGAGCUGCUCCUCGUCCUGUGCGGCCUGGACUUCUCCUCCCCCUGUCCCAGGGAUUGUAUUUGCUACACCUCUCCCAGCACCGUAUCCUGUCAGGCACAUAACUUUCUGUCUGUCCCAGAGGAGAUCCCAGCCCAGAGCGAGAGGGUCAUCCUGCAGAACAACAAGAUCCAGCGUCUGCUGCGAGGCCACUUCAGCCCCACCACGGCCAUGCUGUGGCUUUACUCCAACAACAUCUCCUACAUCCAGGCCUCCACCUUCCAUGGCUUUGCCCGCCUGGAGGAGCUGGAUUUGGGGGACAACCGUCACCUGAGGGCCCUGGCUUCGGACACCUUCCAGGGCCUAGGCCGGCUGCACGCCCUGCACCUCUACCACUGUGGGCUGCUCAGCCUGCCGCCGGGGAUCUUCGAGGGGCUCAGCAGCCUGCAGUACCUCUAUCUACAGGACAACCAGUUGGAGUUCCUGGAGGAUGAUCUGUUUGUGGACCUGCUGAACCUCAGCCACCUCUUUCUCCAUGGCAACCAGCUCUGGUCCCUCCACCAGAACACCUUCAGGGGGCUGGGAGUCCUGGACCGCCUCUUACUACACCAGAACCGGCUACAGUGGGUCCACCGUCUGGCCUUCCAUGACCUGGGUCGCCUCACUACCCUCUACCUGUUCAACAACUCUCUGACCGAGCUGUCUGGGGCCAGCCUGGCCCUGUUGCCUGCCCUGGAGUACCUCAGACUCAACAACAACCCCUGGGAGUGUGACUGCAAGGCUCUCCCACUGUGGGACUGGCUGCGGAGGUUCCGGGGCUCUACGUCGGUGCUGGAGUGCGUUUCCCCUCCAGAGCUCCAGGGCCGGGACCUGAAGGGGCUGAGGAAGGAGGACCUACCCAGCUGUUCAGCAGGAGAAGCCCGGGGAGGAGGGGUCGUAGGCGGGGAGGCCGAGCUGGGGGAGUCCCUGACGAAAGACGAGGACCAUCGACUCCAUCGCAGGAACCACAAGCACCGCCAUAACCACCACCAGCACCCACACCUCCCGCAUGGGGACCAGAACAACGGGGACCCGUCCCCAUCGCCCUUACCCUUACCCCUGCCCAGGCCACCCAAGGGGAGCCACGGGAACUGUAGCCGGAGCCGCAAGGGGAAGGGGGGGCAGGGGGUUCAGAACGAGGUACAGGUAAUGAGGGAGGGGGAGGAGGACUACACCCCUGGAGGGGAUAAAUACAACCCUUCCGCACCCCCUCGCAGGAGGAACAAGUGUGUCCCCAGGACUUCAGUUGGCCCGCCCAGUGGGGUCAAGAGAGCCAAUAGUAACGCGGCAUCCCGCCCCGCUGGGACUUUUCUCUGCUUCCUAUUGGCUGUGCUGCUGUCACUCACUGCUGUGAUCCUCCGCUGAGACUGAGUGGAGGGUUUACAUGUAACUGGUGUUUAAUCAACAACCCUUACAGUACAGUUCAGAACACACUCCUCUGACUGACCAGUUCUGGCUCCUGCACUGAGGCGUGUGUGUGUUUAAGUGUAGUCUGUUGAUGCGUUCAUUUUAACUGAAACGUGAGAGCCAGGUAAUACAGAUUACUCGUCGCUCUUUGAUGAUGUCAUAAAAGGGAGUAUCAGUCUCUCACCUCCAGGGUUCUGAUUGUGUGGUUGAUGUGAUUGAAUUGAUGAUUUAAGAAUACACCUACUACUACAGCCAUAUCACCUGAGAGGAUACCUCAGCUCAGACAUAAUGGUAACAUGACCCUGACACGUUGUUGCCACACUGGAAAAACAUCCCUAAAAACAUCAUCCCUAAAAUGUCAACCGGGUUCUGUUAAACUGUCUUGAUGGUCCAACACUCUUAACCGCUAGGUUACCUGCUGCCCAUAUUAAACUGUCUUGAUGGUCCAACACUCUUAACCACUAGGUUACCUGCUGCCCAUAUUAAACUGUCUUGAUGGUCCAACACUCUUAACCACUAGGUUACCUGCUGCCCAUAUUAAACUGUCUUGAUGGUCCAACACUCUUAACCACUAGGUUACCUGCUGCCCAUAUUAAACUGUCUUGAUGGUCCAACACUCUUAACCACUAGGUUACCUGCUGCCCAUAUUAAACUGUCUUGAUGGUCCAACACUCUUAACCACUAGGUUACCUGCUGCCCAUAUUAAACUGUCUUGAUGGUCCAACACUCUUAACCACUAGGUUACCUGCUGCCCAUAUUAAACUGUCUUGAUGGUCCAACACUCUUAACCACUAGGUUACCUGCUGCCCAUAUUAAACUGUCUUGAUGGUCCAACACUCUUAACCACUAGGUUACCUGCUGCCCAUAUUAAACUGUCUUGAUGGUCCAACACUCUUAACCACUAGGUUACCUGCUGCCCAUAUUAAACUGUCUUGAUGGUCCAACACUCUUAACCACUAGGUUACCUGCUGCCCAUAUUAAACUGUCUUGAUGGUCCAACACUCUUAACCACUAGGUUACCUGCUGCCCAUAUUAAACUGUCUUGAUGGUCCAACACUCUUAACCACUAGGUUACCUGCUGCCCAUAUUAAACUGUCUUGAUGGUCCAACACUCUUAACCGCUAGGUUACCUGCUGCCCAUAUUAAACUGUCUUGAUGGUCCAACACUCUUAACCGCUAGGUUACCUGCUGCCCAUAUUAAACUGUCUUGAUGGUCCAACACUCUUAGCCGCUAGGUUACCUGCUGCCCAUAUUAAACUGUGUUUGUAAGUGAUCUACAGUACAUUGUAGUUUAUGUGAACGGUCUCCAUGUCUGUCUGCCCU